UGUGGUAGGUGCCGUACCGUUCUUGAAUGUGACACACACGCCGACUGGCCCACGAUCAGCCUCCUUGUCAACGAACACUAUUUCGCUUGUCCAGUAAAGCCCGACUUUUGUGGGUCUGCCCCAUCUCACCCCUCUUCUGAACCCGAUGACGCGCAGAGUCCUAUAUAUGACUCUAGCGAGAACAUAGAUGCCGCUGAUGACAAGCAAGAUGAGACACUCAUCCAAGUCGCGGGAUCUAGCAAGCAGAGGAAAAACGAGGCUCAGCGGAAACAGGAGCUAGAGGACGACAAGUACACUUACGACGUACGACCCACAUCCGUCAUAUGCCGUGGGUGUGACAGAGAGAUUAGCCUGGACAAGCGCUCGAGGUAUUACCCAGGAUUAUGGAUGAAACAUCGAGGGAAGUGUGCAAGAAUAUACAAGAUCGAG